AUGUAUUUAACUUUUUGGGAUAAUGUUGACGGCACCCGCCUCCCGACGAGGCUAAGUAAAUGGCGGGUCUUUUUUUUGUAUGCAUUGGUUCCUUCUCUCUGUUUCGUGGUUUGCUCCCUGCGAGGAGGCGCUGGAAGGUGGCGGGCGCAGACUGUUUUUCAUCCCGCCCCCGCCCUUCACGCGGGGCGUCCGGCGGUUGCGGGCCCCAACGACUGCCGCGGCGUGGCCUCCAACGGGCCCGGCCACGGUGAAGCGCGUCAGUGCAUGUGCUACUUGCGUGCCUUUUGGGGGCCAGCGACAACUCUGCCCCGUAUUGGAGUGGUGGCCGCGGCGGGGAUAGCGGUUCAGCUUCACUGUUUUUCUUUCUGCGUGUUGGAAGAAGGGACGAAGCCGCGUCCCAGGGCUUAUUCCCCCUUGAGUGUUUUUGUUUUAAAUUUAUUUCGUUAUGAACCCGGCACGCAACCUGUGCGUGGGGAGGGCGCUGCGUGCGGUGGGCUGCGGGCCCUGUGGGCGGCGCUGCUCUGCCUGGCCGCUGUGCGGCAGCGCGCGGGGCGUGUGCGCUGCGUGUAG